AUGGGCGCUGAUGUUGUAGUAAUCAGCGAGCAGUACCGGAACCGGGACUGCUCGUCGUGGUACGUUGACGACCUGGGCGUCGCCGCGCUCUGGGUGAGGGACCUCCAGAAGGUCCCAGUGGUUUGUCGCGGAGCGGUUCGUGGGUUCGUCUGGGCCAAAUCCCGGGACGCUACAUACGUAAGUGUCUAUCUCUCCCCCAACUAUAGCACUUGCGUGUUCCGGGAAAAGCUCGACGACCUGGAAGACGCGCUCCGCGACAUGAACGGCGGGCUCGUUGUGGCAGGCGAUUUCAACGCCAGGGCUCUAGAGUGGGGGAUACCAGCUCCCAACACCAGGGGCAAACUGGUUAUGGAGAUGGCAUCCAGGCUGGGGUUGAUAGUGCUCAACACCGGCACUACACCGACCUACCGACGACCAGGCUUCGGCGAUUCCAUUCCAGACGUUACUCUGGUUUCGGAGUGUCUGGGUAGCCGAGCCGUGGGCUGGAGGGUGAUGGAAGAUUUCACUGGUAGUGAUCAUCAGUACAUCACCUUCCAGAUAUCGUCCGGUAGGGCGGCACAGCACCGCAAUCCUCAGCGCCCACUUGGCUGGAACACGGCCAAGCUGGACGAGGAAAAGCUCGCCGAGUGUUUGAGUCGCGGCCUCGGGGGCAUACCACCCGCCCCUGGCGAUCGCCCCGAUAGGGGCUUCGCUGAGGCCCUGGUCAGCGACACCAUGCGGCUCAUCACUCGGGCUUGCGACGCCUCGAUCCCGCGGAAAAAGCCGUGGAAAGGCCGAGCCCAGGCAUACUGGUGGACGGACCAGAUCGCCAGCCUCAGACGGGAGUGUCUGAGGCUACGGAGACUGGCGCAACGAGCUCGCGGUAGAACGGAGGCCUCCGACAGGUCAGCCGAGUACAAGGCGGCGAAGAAGACGCUCAACCGGACUAUCAAGGAUAGUAAAGCCCGCUGCUGGAGAGAGCUGUGCGACGAGGUGAACCGCGACCCUUGGGGACAAGCUUAUAAGCUUGUCACCCGCAAGAUCCGGUCGUCCGCCGCACAGAGCACGAUGGACGCAGCUACCACCGAGCGUUUGGUGGACGGACUGUUUCCUAAGGGAUUUUUAUCCGGAGCUGGGUGA